GAGAGGGGAGGAGUAUUGGAGAGAGAGAGAGAGAGAGAGAGAGAGAGACGGGGGCAUGAGUAGUUGCUAGGCAAGCUCAGCCUCUAAAUCGCUAUGUUUCUCUCUAGUGAGCUUUCGCUUGUUGUAUCACAUGGGGAAUGUAGCUGAGCAGCCAAGCAGCCAGUCACACAGAGAAGAGAGGACAGCACACGGAUUACACAGCAGCAGAAACAAGAGCUUCAAUAACACCACAAUCUGCAUGCAGCGUGUGUGUCGGCAGACCUUCCAGCUAACUAAAUGGCAGGCAUGACUCUCCUCUGCCUUAGGCAACACAUAUUUAGCUGAGGUCACAGUGGAACAGACUUUUCUGGACGUCAGAGUAUUUAAUGGUUAACCUUAUUUGAUGAUAGGAUCCGACUUUUCUGCAGCUAAAAGCCUGGUCUGCUUGAUGCUGGAUUAUGCUCCAGCUUGAGAGUGCCAAGUGGAGUUUUCUUCUGUGCCUUGGAAUCAGCAUCUUGAUCUGCUCAAUCAUUUAUCUUAAGGAUAAGCCUUCUUCUGUUCCAAGGCCGCUGCAUCAUGCCUUAGGAUGCCAUCCACUUGCUGAAAACUGUAAAGUUUUUCCACCUACCAGCCCUUACACAAGAUGGGAAAGAACAGAAUGCCAGGCACCAAAGUUUAACAGUCCACUCAACUGCAAACGUAUACAAUCAGAGCAUCAUUUUAUUAUGAAGACCCUAAGCAAAGAAGAGGAGGACUACCCUCUGGCCUUCAUCAUUACUAUCCACAAAGACCUGGAGAUGUUUGUGCGCCUGCUCAGAGCCAUCUAUGCACCACACAACGUCUACUGCAUUCACAUAGAUGACAAAGCCCAGGCAGAAUACAAGCUAAGUGUUCAAAGAUUGGCAGAGUGUUUUCCCAAUGUUUUUCUAGCCUCAGUUAGCGAGAUAGUGACCUAUGGUGGUUUUUCUCGCCUGAAGGCUGAUAUUAAUUGUAUGGAGGACCUAGUAAGGUCUCCAGUGAAAUGGCGAAAGGUGAUCAACCUGUGUGGCCAGGAUUUUCCUGUCCAGAGCAACCUGGAGCUGGUAAGAUAUAUGCAAGAUGAAAAAUGGAAAGAUAAUAACAUGACUCCUGGCAUAAAACAGCCAGUGAACUUUCGACACAGGACUCAGAUACAGCAUGUAGAAGUUAAAGGUGAUUAUGUGGCCUCCUUGGGUCACAAAAAGACCCCUCCUCCACACAACCUGACGAUCUACUUUGGUACAGCCUACUACAGUCUACAAAGAGCAUUUGUGGAAUAUGUGCUCACCAGCCCAGUAGCCAAAGACCUGUUGGAAUGGUCAAGGGAUACCUACAGCCCCGAUGAACAUUACUGGGUAACCCUUAAUCAUCUGGAAGAUGCCCCUGGCAGUAAUGUAAAUGCUGACUGGGAGGGUAACAUUCGGGCCAUUAAAUGGAAAGACCAAGAAGGGUCAGUACAUCAAGGCUGUAAAGGAAUGUACAUCAGGGAUAUCUGCAUCUACGACGUUGAGGAUUUACCUUGGAUAAUUGAGAGGAACAGCAUGUUUGCUAACAAGUUGGACACCACUAGAUUUCCUCAAGCUCUGGACUGCCUAGAACAGUGGCACAGGCACAAGGUCCUACAGCAGGCAAAAGUGCCCAUUCAGUUAUCAUGGCAACUUGCAACAGAGGUCAAUAUUACUAAUGCUACAGUAGCAGGCUAAAUGAAAAAGGUUAGACUGAAAGCUAAUAGAUAAACUAAAUUGUCAGUCAUUUCAACAUGAAUUCAUUAAUCGUUGGAACAAGAGCUAAUGAGAUUAAGCGCAAGCCUGUUAAUUUUUUUGUAUUUAUUUAUUACUAUACAAGGUUAUGUAUCUAUGGCUGCCUGUACAGUAUGCAUUUAUGUAUUUGUUACUUCUAAUGUGUGGGUUAAAACUAUUAUUUGGCAUAUAUUAUAAAGGAGACUAUAGAGUUUUUAUUUUGGCUGGCUGUAAGUUUCAAGUGCCUCAUUCACGAAAUGCCAUGUUUACAAAGAAAAAUAAUGUACAUAGAGCCAAAAGAGAGAGUUACGCUUAUCAUUAAAUAGAAGCAGCUGCUCGAUAGCCACUGAUUAACCAAACAAUAAACCUGCUUGUCAGUUUAGAGAAGCUGCAGAAAGUAAACACACUGGUCACACUUCCACUUCCUCAUUGUUUUAUGACCGUUCAAACGAUAAGUUAAAUAAUUAGAUAUCUACUAACUGCCAUAACUGAUAUGAUUGUAACUGUGAUGCAAUAUCAGACUUAUUCAUUAGGCUUAUGACAUCAUAAUAUUAUGCUUUUUGAACAGGAUUUAGCAUGCAGUUUGUGUGGCGCUGUUUAUAUAUUACUCUGUUUUUCUCCUUGGCCAAAAUGGGGUUUAAUUCGAAAAGCCUGGCCUCUUUUUACUAGUCUAAAGGCAUUUCACAAAUUGCUAUUUCUUGUGCCUCUUUUUUGAAGCAGACUUUUUUGUGUCAUCAAUAAAGUGUACAACCAUUUCAUAGUCAA